CACAGGCUCUGAUCGCAUCUCUCUGCCACUGCAAUUUGAAAACACUGCUCUCAGCCUGUCUCCUUGCUCUCCGGGAAGGCACGAUAUCCAAGAUCACAUCCAGAUUAAAAACUGUACCUUAAUACUGGAACCUUUCGCGUUUUGAUCUUUUUCCCCCUGCAGAAAUACCAGGUGUCUGUGCUAGCUUGUGUGUGCUGUGCUGUUCUUGGGAUUGCACAGAUGUGCAUUACCCUUCGCCACUGCAAGUCGAGAUCGUCUUAUUCCAAAAGGGUGUUCCUUCGCUAGUGUUGCCGUUACAGAGUCAGAUCCAGGGAUGUCUUCUCCGACACAUACAGGAGAUACAUGAGUCCAGUCAAGCCUUUUGUGUACCACGCAGUGUUAGCAGUAGGAGUUAUCUUAAAAAGGGGAGAUCAUGAAAAGUAGGACAGCUGUUUUAGAAAGGAGGAGACCUGGUUACAGUGCUGAUGUGCCUUACCAAAGAUCACUUAUCCAGACCAGGGAAUACAGCCGUGUAGACAGACCCCUUGUCCUGCAUGUCCCGGCCAUACAGCGGCACAGAUACUGGGGCUUUGAUGGGGUUUCUGGACGAGAGCAGCUCUUGGCUCAGCACAGAAUGCACAGCAUGAUCAGCUCAGUGGACCUCAAGCCCGAGCUGCCGGCGGGGCCGGAGCCGGUCACGCCACUGGACCUCCGGACCGACCUGAGGAUGACGAUGCCGGCGGCCGACCCCACGGUGUGGGAGAGGCAGCUGCACCAGGAGCUGCUCCUGAUCCAGAAGCAGCAGCAGAUCCAGAAGCAGCUCCUGAUCAGCGAGUUUCAGAAGCAGCACGAGAGCCUGACGAGGCAGCACCAGGCCCAGCUCCAGGAGCACCUGAAGUUACAACAGGAGCUGCUGGCCAUUAAGCAGCAGCAGGAGCUGCUGGAAAAAGAGCGCAAAGCGGAGCAGCAGAGCCAGGAGCAGGAGAUGGAACGGCACCGUCGGGAGCAGCAGUUCUUCCUGCUCCGCAACAAGGACAGGGCCAGAGAAAGUGCAGUGGCCAGCACGGAAGUCAAGCAGAAACUCCAGGAGUUUUUAUUAAGCAAAUCGGCCAGUAAAGAGACAGCAGGCAGUGACGUGAAUCAUUCCCUGGUCCGGAGGCCCAAGCUCUGGCACACGGCAGGCCGUCACACCUCACUGGAUCAGAGUUCGCCUCCCCUUGGCGGGACGUCUCCCACAUACAAGUACACCCUGCCAGCGGCACAGGACUCAAAGGAUGACUUUCCACUGAGGAAAACUGCUUCUGAACCCAACCUGAAAGUGCGUUCAAGAUUAAAACAGAAGGUAGCAGAGAGAAGAAGCAGCCCAUUACUAAGAAGGAAAGAUGGAAAUGUAAUCAGUUCAUACAAAAAGAGGACAUUUGAAUUGACAGACACCACCCCCAGCAGCAGUGUCCCAGGAUCAGGACCCAGCUCUCCUAACAGCGUGUCCACUGCAGUGGGGGCUGAGAACGGACCCUCCUCGCUGCCCACUGCGGCUCAGACUGAGCGUCUCCUCUCACAUCAAAGAGUCUUGAAACCCGAAGAAUCAAUGACCUUACUAAGUCUCUACACAUCCCCUUCAUUACCCAAUAUCACCCUGGGACUCCCAGCUGUGUCCUCACCAAUUAAUGCUGCCACCAGCUUGAAGGAGAAGCCCGGAGAGGCCGCUGUGCAGGCCAUGAGGCAGCCCUUGCCAGGACAGUAUGUCGGAGGGGUGCCUCUUCAGUCAGGUCUUCCUCCUGUUGCCUUGGAAGCAAAAGUGAAUAACAGUCACCAGGCGCUCCUGCAGCAUCUAUUGUUAAAAGAACAAAUGCGACAGCAAAAGAUGCUCUCUUCUGGUCCAGGCUCAGUUCCUGUCCUGCCUCAGUCCCCUCUGGCAAUGAAGGACAGGCCUGUGUCCAGCGGGAGGCAGAAACUGCCGCGCCACCGGCCUCUGAACAGGACGCAGUCUGCCCCCCUGCCCCAGAGCACCCUGGCCCAGCUUGUUAUCCAGCAGCAGCACCAGCAGUUUCUGGAGAAGCAGAAACAGUAUCAGCAGCAGAUCCAGAUUAACAAGAUGCUUUCAAAGUCCAUUGAGCAGCUCCGACAGCCGAACAGCCACCUGGAGGAAACGGAAGAAGAAAAUCACAAGGAUCAGCCAAUGCAGGAGGACAGAGCGCCCUCUUGUGGCGUCAGCCGGAACCGUAGCGGCAACAGCAGCAGCAGCUCAGAAGGAGAUUUCCCUGGAGCGCACCUCGGAGUUAUUAAAGUGAAAGAGGAACCGCCAGACAGUGAUGAUGCAAGCCUAAGCAAUCAAAGUGAUGCCAAGGAACAGACUGGAUUUAUGCAGCAGCAACUCCUGGAGCACCAACGCGUCCACCAGCUCCGACGGUACCAGGCGCAGGCGGCAACGGCCGUCGUGACGGGAUCAGACCAACAACGGCCUGCUUCCCGAGCCCAGGCGUCUCCUGCUGCCUCUCCUCUACUGGGCCUGUCACCUGACCAGACUGUCACACACGCCUCUUCUACUGGGAUUGCGUAUGAUGCUUUAAUGCUGAAACACCAGUGCAUCUGUGGAAACUACACCGAUCACCCUGAGCAUGGAGGAAGGAUACAGAGCAUCUGGUCGCGGCUGCAGGAGACAGGCCUGAUCAACUACUGCCAGCGUGUCCGGGGUCGAAAAGCCAGCCUUGAAGAAAUCCAGCUGGUUCACUCAGAGCGUCACUCGUUGUUAUACGGCACCAACCCUUUGAACCGGCAGAAGCUGGACACCAAGAAGCUUCUAGGUUCAUCACCCCAGAAAAACUUUACUGUGCUGCCUUGUGGAGGACUGGGGGUGGACAGUGACACCAUUUGGAACGAGCUCCACUCGCCCAGCGGCGCACGCAUGGCCGUGGGCUGUGUCAUCGAGCUGGCUUCCAGGGUAGCCUCCCGAGAGCUGAAGAACGGCUUUGCGAUUGUGCGACCCCCCGGCCAUCACGCAGAAGAAUCUACAGCCAUGGGAUUCUGCUUUUUUAAUUCGGUCGCAAUCGCUGCCAAGUACCUGAGGCAAAAGCUCAGUAUCAGCCGGAUUUUAAUCAUAGAUCUGGACGUUCACCAUGGCAACGGAACACAGCAGGCCUUCUUCAGUGACCCGAGUGUCCUCUACAUCUCCCUCCACCGCUACGAUGAAGGGAACUUCUUCCCGGGCAGCGGAGCCCCUGACGAGUGUGGAAGUGGCCCUGGUGAAGGCUAUAAUGUAAAUAUUGCUUGGACAGGUGGCCUGGAUCCACCCAUGGGAGAUGUUGAGUACCUCAUGGCCUUCAGGACUGUUAUCAUCCCCAUUGCCAAUGAGUUCAGCCCCGACGUGGUCCUGGUGUCCGCCGGGUUCGAUGCCGUGGAAGGCCACGACCCCCUGCUGGGCGGGUACACGGUCACAGCCAGAUGUUUUGGUCACCUGACGAAACAGCUGAUGGAGCUGGCAGGCGGACGGGUGAUCCUGGCGCUGGAAGGUGGACACGAUCUUACCGCCAUCUGCGAUGCGUCAGAGGCCUGUGUGAACGCCCUGCUGGGAAAUGAGCUGGAAGCCCUCCCAGAGAAAGUUCUUCGCUCAAAACCAAACGCCAAUGCUGUCUCCUCUAUUGCAAAGACAAUAGAGAUUCAACGCAAGUACUGGAAAUCAAUCGAGAAAUGUUCUUCAGCUGUGGACCUCUCUCUUUCGGAGCUCCAGAAGUCCGACAAAGAAGAAACAGACGCUGUGACAGCGAUGUCUUUACUGUCUGUUGAUGUAGACCAGUCUGGCGAAGGACGAGAAGGCAGAACUGCAGCUGAGCCAAUGGAAGAGGAACCCGCUCUGUGAAGUGCCAAGUCUUCCAAGAUAUUUCCUGUAUGUGACUUCAUUGUGUAACCCCUCAGGGCACCCUGAGACAUGUCUUGUCUGCUGCUUGGGUGGCGCACGUCAGAUGGCCCAUAAACAUGGGGUGCAUAGGACUCAUUUCACUUGUUCCUUGGACAUGUAUGAAAGGAGGGCUUAGAUUUUCUUAAUUUAAAGAUGCCAUACUGUACCCUCAUGCCUUGAGUCUGUUUUAAUUACGACUAUGACCUACAGUGCAGAAUAAUACUGACACUUCGUUACCCCAGACUUUUUUUUUGUUACCAUUUCAAAGGAGCUACAUUCGUCUUUUUGCCAAGCCCUAUUUUAAAUGGUAUUUUUUCCCCAGCGGCUCUUUUUUUUAUCAAGCAAUAUUGCAUUUUGGGAAAACGCGCCCAGUGUUUUAUAAUUAUAAAAAAAGAGCAAAAAUCAUUUUGUGGGGUCAAGACAUUUUUUAUUGUGUACAAUUGAGGUGUGUCAGUUUUGCUUAUUGCCUUCAAUCCAUUAUUUUUUUUCUAAUUUUACUACUAUUUACAAGACCAGAGGAAUCAAACAGAGCCAUAAUUAAGAAAACUACUGAGCAACGCACUUCUUUCAUAAACAUUUGCAUUGACUUUUUGAUUCUGUUUUUAUCUUUAAAAUAUAAAAUUUUAAAAUUUCACUAUUAUAUUCUCGUUUGAGAAUCCGCUCAUUUUAUUCAAUUACUUAAAAACAGGACACUUGUGCAGUGUAUAGCAGCGAAACAAUAUAUUCAGUUCAUGUUUCACGUAGAUUCGAAUUUAUGUGUAUGCACAAACUAAAAAGAUGGGAUUUUUAUUUCUUUUUAAAACUACUGCACAUUAUCUGUAAUAAUACAUUGCAGCAUUUCCAAAAAAAACACAUCCUGGGUAGAGAAUAUUAAAAUUAUUUUACAGUUAUAAAAUUUAAAAAUAACAAAGAACAAUUCCAAAGAAGAUGAUAGUCAAUGAAAAUAAGCCUCAAGUUUACUAAAGUCAAAAAGAAAUGCUUUAAGAGUGGAAUUCAACAAUAAAAUUAUAAUUAGAAGCAAUUAGGUUAACAAGAAUAAGAUACUUUAAUAGCUCAAAUUCCUGUUAAAACUCUGAGAAUUAUAAACUAUUUAGUGACACUUUAACUACUGAGUAAUUUAUGAUGUUCAUUAUAUUUUUUCUAACUAAGCAGCUUUCAAGUACAGCCUUAAAACCACAGCCGAAGAGCAUUGUGUCCCGAUUCAGAAAUUUGAAGGAAACCUUAAUUAGAACAAGCUUUGCUCAAAGGUUAUGAUGAUAUGAAAGAUCGAACAAUAUGGUUUGAGUUAAAGGCAACUGAAACCUGUAAAUCAAAGAUGAAAAGAUUUCAUUCAAAUGGAAUUAUAGAUUUCUCUUUUGUCAUCCGGCCAGGCAUUUUUUUUUUCGGCAUUUGGGCAUGCAAUAAGGUCAGUCAUUUCAUUUUCCUGAAGGGGUUCUGUUUCAGAUAAUAAAAUAAUGAAAGGUGAUAUCUGAGGGGGGGGUGUCGACAAUUAAACGUCCAAAGGUAAACAAUGCUAUUGAGCAAUGUGUUUUAUCCCUAAAGAACUUUGAAAAACUAAUAAAGGCGCAAAUUUAAUUUUGUCUACCAGUGCCAAAAGCUGUAGACUAUAAAAUGUCAGAAAUAAAGGAAGACUGAGUGAUCUUUAGGAAGGUUUCUAAUCAAAGGUGAAAGUCAGUUACGCGUCGAUGUAGAGAAAUUGUUAAAUAUGCAUUCAGACAAAUGCUUUUAGCCGAGUUUCGAGGUGGGAGCUGUAUCAGCCUGCAGAGGAAGGAACAGCGGUUUAUUCUACGUGGAAAGUGAAAAGAAAGAGGCACAAACACCUGAAGGAAGCACAGAAACAGCCAAAACAUUACUCUUCAGCCUGGAAUGAACCUCUGCUAGUUCCUUCUUCUUUUAACAGUUUUGCUAUUUUUGUUAUUCUGUACCUCGACUAUAAAGCUAUCACUCCAUCUAUGUUUGUAAUGUUCACAGUUUCUGUUUUAGAUAAUUUUAUAUUUUAUAUACAGCACAUGUGAAAGUACUAAAACAUCUUAUAACCUAGGGCAAGAGGUUUGAGGCUAAAAACGUACAGACAUACACAGACUCCACUGUGGUAAACAGACACCCAAGUGUCACUGCACCCUGUUUAUACUGGAUCCAUGAACAGCACUGCCAGGAUAUGAGUGUGUUAAUGCUGGGUACUUCCAUUUUCAGUGCUCACAGACGACAGCAAGGUGCUCACACAUCGCGGACACUGCAGCCCACACCUGUCAUAGAACAUGUAUGUGAAGAGGUGGUCCCAGGCAAAAGUUUCAAAUAACUUGUCAAAGAUGCCGCAGUUCAAUGAUAUUAAUUCCCUGUUUGCAAGCCUCAGCUCUCUUGUCUUUCCUGGAGUGCACGGAUACUGUCAUCUUGAGCACCUUCCAUUCAAAUAACAAAAGUACUUCCCACAUUUGGACAUACAGGAUAAUACCUGGAACAAGUAAAGUCCCUGGCAUCUCAAAAGUGACCUAAUGGUUUUGAGUCUCACUUGGGCUUUGAUGUCUUCCUGAGACAAAAGUCUGAAUCCACGUGAAUCACAUCAGAGGGGCAGACAGGUGUUCCCUGGUCUCAACAUACUGGUUAUUAUAGGCCAUCAGCUCUGUCAGCGCAGAAGCUAAAGUGUGUAACAUUAUGUGUGUACAAUAUGUAGCAUCCAGUGACAUACGUGCAUACCCACUGUCCAAGAACUGUGAAAACCCAGCCUCAAGUAACAGGCUGAGGAAGGACAGCCUGCUAGUAUCUGUGCUGCUCACUGCACUCAACGACAAUGUUGCAAAAUGAGAAGAGGCACACUAUCGAAUGCACUCUGCUACAGAGUGAACAUUUAAAGGCUAUCCUGGACACCUGCACCCUCUGUAACACUGGGAGUUGACUGCUACAGCUAACUUUUUACUCCUUCCACAUCCAGAUGAUCCAGAGUUCUACCUCUAGAUCCUGUCAAAAGGCAGUUCUCAUGAACAUCCUAUUUAUGGCCUAGUAGGAGACUAAGGAUUCCUUUAGGUUUUAUCUUUUCAUAUACUAAGUAACCAUGAGUUCGUUCUGUGAAAACAGUCAAUCAGCUUAUUUGUGUCACAAGAUACAUCUAUUUAUGUGACAACUGAUCGUGAAAACAUAGUGUGCACCGUUCAAAACAUAGGGCACCGUUCAGUACAAGGGCAUGAGCUACAAAACAGCACAGAUGACUAGUGUGCAAAUGUUAAUAGUCAACAGCUGUAAGGACUGAAUUGAGGGAGAACUGAUUAUUUAAAAACAAUACAAUGUCAUUCCAGUUUUUGUUCUAAAAGAGCUCAAGGAGGUAUGUUGACAAAAUAUUGGUGGCAAGCCAUGGUAUAAGAGAUGCUGAGAUUCCACUUACCUUUUGAGAGUGACGUGCUCGUGCCCUGAAGUUGCUGCAGCUUUGCUACAAAAAACCUUUCCUGAGAUGAACCUGUCACAGAGAAAGGAAAGUAAUGGGCAUAAUUAAACCAGGAGCACGGGUGCAGGUUGCAAUAAUGCAGAUACCUUGUGUGUAGUAAAUAACAGAUAACAUCAAGAUCCUUCUGAACAAUGCUAUUGUAACAGAUUACUAACCCUAAUAAUUGUAAUUCACAACAGGGGUGACAGUUGGAUGCAUGUAUUGUUACUGCAAUACUUACAAGUCCAAGCCAAGAUAUCUCGUAAUAUAAAAAUGAAGUUCAAUGUGUGCGAUGUCUGAUUUAAUUUAAUAUGGUUGGCCAUACUGAAAAGGAAGAUGAAAACUUAAGCUUCAGUACAAAAAGCCACCUUGUCCUGCAGUUUGUAAAGAAUGAGGGACACUAGUAAUUAGUACUUGAAAAUCAUUUUACAGGUGAUUAAUAUUCCAGAGUUGAGUGAAAUACAGCUCAUUCAGAUUAGUAUAAAACACAUUAGGUUAUUCAUAUUCUUAGUAAGUGCCAUUGAUUGUCGUUAUUAUUUUAAAGUAUUUUUAUAGCUCUAAAACUUACAGUGACUCAGAUCGAAAAUAGCAGAUGUGACUAAAUUGAACGUGUUGUUUUUAUUAAAAGCAAUAGCUAGCUACUCAACGUCUUUUAUUCAACUCAAAGUCUGGAGUAAAUGCCCUCACCUUCAGCCAUCACAUUAUUUCUACUGUAUGUUUGAUCCAGAGGUCAGAUUUUUAACCCUUAAGGGUGACUGUGAAUACUAAACCUUUGAAAUGCAAUGUUGUACACCCAUGUAGGAAAGGUUGUACUCAUGCCCUGUGAAUAACAGCUCUUCUUUAAUUUUGUCUAGUUAAGUGGUUGUGAUAUUGAAUUAUUCUCUUAUUAAUAAUAUUGUCCAUGCAACAAUUGACAGUUUUCUUGUGUAAUGGCAAACUUAAAAGAUAGAAGAGACUCUGUAUGCUUGACACCCUUAUCUCAUAACUGUUGUUGUGAGACUGAAAAAGAAUUCAAAGAAGAAUCUUUAGUGUGCACUACAUGACUGAUUUCCCAUGUGCAUUUCAUUUUGUCAUUUUAUUUCUUUCCACAGCGGAAUUAAUAUGCAAUUAUGCAAAAUUAUGGAUUUGUUUUUUUUUAUUCAAUAGAGCCCCUAACAAAAUAAAAAACUAGAGCUAAAUUUGCAGUAUGGGUCCUUUUGAUGAAAUUUAAAAUGUAGCUUUAUUGGUCAUUUAAUUAAACGAAGAGUGCAAUUUUAUUUAAACUAUUUGACUACGCUUUGAUAUAUUAAUGAGGGUAAUCUAAUGGAGCUCCCUAACAAAUGCUUUAAGGCAACCAUUAGCUUCACAGAUUUCUUUUUCCUUCAUUUAUAUAAUUUGACGUUAGUGUAUUAUUUUUGGUAGGUCACUGUCGCAAGGUAGAUGAGCAACACUGCAUGUUUGUUUUAUACUGAAUCAUGGAAGCUCAGGACAAAAGAACUGAUUUUUUUUUUAUGGAGAGCAGACGUAGAGCUGAGCAAACUCUGCAUUAUUAUUUUUAAAAUACAUUUUAAUUGCAAAGCUCCUCUUCAGUAAAAUCCCAUGUGUGUUCGUGUGGCUCACAUAAUCUUCCAGCACGUCUGUUCCAGAUGUGAAUGACCAGGGAAUAUGAGUUAUGCAGUGAAAGAGAUAUAACACAUUAUCAGUUUUAUUUUUGUUAGCAAAAAAACUGCUCCCACUACAUUUCAAUACAGAAAUGCAUGCUAAUUAAUUGAUCUAUUAAAUGAGGUGAACUGUUUUUGGCAAUAUUGGCUAACUCCAUGCCUUGCCAAGUUCCUUAUCAUCAAGCAAUCAUUGCAUAAGAAUUGAAACAAUUUCCUUUCACCAGCUAAACACCCAUGCGGCUUGGCUCUUGCAGAAAUGUGUGUGACAGGUCAGAGGGAACAUGCCUCACCCAACCUGAGCAGCCCAGCUCAGCAGCCGGUAGUCACAGUAUCAGGGCACUAUGACUAUUACUCCAUUUAAAAUAUUCUAGACAUUUUCUAUCAUCCAUAUACUCGUGCCUAUUUGGCAAUGUAAAAUCUUGAGAAAACAGGAAGAAAUCAUAAUUCUGUCAGAAUAUCAUUAAGUCAUGAUAAACAUAUGCUGCUUCUAUUUCUAAUAAAGUAGAAAUGAGGUUAAAUUCAUUCAUUCAAUUUUGCAGCAGAUAAAAUGGACUGGAUGUCUGUUGUAAAUGGGUUAAGCUAUGACAGAAACCUAAAUUCUUAAUUAAAUUUAGAACAAAUGGAGACAUUAAGAGAAAGAAAUAAUCUACUAACACGCAUUUGAGAUAACUGCACUCACCCAAACAAUCAUUUUAACAGCACAUAUACUGGGGGGUGGGGGCUAGAGUACAGUAACUGUCAAUUCCUAAAUAUGUUCUCGAAUUGUUGUUGAAUGUCUAUUGAAACCAGGCAGGGAAAAAGUUCGGUCCCAAGACUCAGCUGUAUCAAAACGUCGAUGGUUUGUUGCGGUCAGGCCUCAGAGUGUGAGGGGUUUUCAAGCUGGAGAAAGCACGCUCCACAGUUCCUGUCUCACCGCCUUGAAUGCGUAUGGAGAUAGACGCCUCAAGUCUUGAUCAGAUUUAUACACCAACUCUGGCUGGUCCACCUGCAGCUGAAGGCUCCCCUCUGUGAAUUAGGAUGCUAACCUUGGUCCACAAGGACUCACGCAGCACUGAGGUUUUAAGUUAUAAAAAGCAGAAAGUGAAUUAGUGUGAUGUUGCUUCACAUACAUUUUCUGGCCUGUGUUAAAAUAAUCAACCAUUAAACAAGCCUUUUUAACUGUUAGAGAAAAGAUGAUGACCUUGUGUUGGGUUGAUAAAUAAAUAAUCCGCAGCAACUCAGACUAAUAGCUCCAUUUGAGGAAAAUCAUGAUUACUGUUUUUUUUUAAUAAGAAGAACAAUAGUAUUAAAUACAUCUUAUAUCGUCUAACCAUUUUCUAACAAGGUUACUUUUUAUCAUAUUAUAACCGUCCCCUGUUCAGGACUGCACUCCUCACCAUCAGUGAUUGAUAGGUGUUUAAUCAGAAGUGAAACUCAUUCCAUAAACAGCAUCGCUUCCGAAUAUUGGUAAGUGAACAUCUGUAAGUAAACUUUGUAGGUCAUUUUUGGGAAGUGUUUCACCUGCUCAUUCUCUUACCAUUUGGGCAUGUGUGAAUUAAAAACACGAAGGGUUUUGUGACAUAGUUGUGAAAGCAGGACAGACACAAUGUGUACAGUACAUUUAAACAUAAAAAUGUAAUCAUUAAAAUUAGUAGACAGGGAUAUGUCUAGUGUAACAAAGUAGAAUCUGCAUUAAAUUAAUUAUUAUGAAGCACUUACACUGAAGCCAGAUAAGGUCACUGUGUUCUCAAAUCAGAGCGACAAAAUGAUUGAACUUCAACAAAGUUAGACAUUCUGUGUACAACUAAAUAUUUUUGAAUGAAUCAAUGUGAAAUAUUCAGUGUGUGCUAAACAAUACCUUCUUACACAGAUUUCGUUAGGGAACUUGAUAUUUCUAAUUCCUCAAACCCUAAAGUUGACCGUGUGCAAAUUUCUGAAAUAUCCACAGAAAUGUUCCUGUGAGAGUUCCUUACAUGUAGCAAAAGGCACAAACGGGCAUUUUGAAUUGUGUACUCACAUACUAUAUUACAUUUAUAGUUGUUGUACUGUUAUGAUAAAGCUCUAUUGUGCAUCAAUGUGUUUUUUCACUUUGCUUAGCUUUUGUUCGUUUCUAUUCCGUUUGCGUGUGUUGUGUUUUGCUUCCGACUACAAAACUACAUGAUCAUGUCAUUAGAGUGGCACUCAGCUGUAUGUUUUGGCUCUACAUUUUAUACGGAGAUGAAACCUGUGUGUUGUAUAUUGUCUUUACGACUAAUUUAAAAUAAAAAAAAUUAAAAACGC